UUGAUUAUUAUAUUAACAUUUUAGGAAAAUACAGUAUACUUUCUGCAUUGCUUAAGGAGUACAAUAACAGCAUUUGUAACCAUUUUAUUUUGCUUAAUGUCAUUGUUAUUAUUCACUAAUUACAUUUUGUUUUAGAACAACGAAAAUAAUAGAUAUAUAGAAUUAUACCAGAGUAAUUAUAUAUUUUUUGCAUCCUAUCCUUUGUCACAUUGCGGCGCCAGUGUGACCGGUGGAUUGAGCUAUAGAUACUCAUCGUACAUACACAUACGUAGUGGAAAAAUGGCGUCAACUGUGUGUGUUUCUAGUUGCCGACUCUUAUCAAAAUUAGAAAUAAAUCGUGUUUUGUGUUUAUCACCAAUAUUUAGAGAUUUGUCAAAUAACCGGGAGUCAUGGUGCCGACGGUGGCGGCCCGUCCGCCGCUCCUUCUUCACAAGUGUAUGCGUGCACGGAUCCAGAACUGCAUCUACAAAAGUUGACCACGAAAAAUCUGACGAAGUGACGGUAACCUAUCGUCGUGGUUUGCCUGUGAUUACUGUACCACUGCCGUCCCGCCGUGAACGCUGCCGGUUUACCCUGCGCCCGGUCUCGCAGACUGUUGGAGACUUGUUGGAGCAGGUGAAGUUAGAAGACCGCGGCGUAGAGCGUGCAGCCGCCCUUGCAGCUGAUGAACGCGUACGCAUUGCAGCGAGUGAUACGAUCGAAUCAUUGCUCGAGAGUGAUUUUCGACUCGUUAUCAACGAUACAGAGUACUAUGUGAAAAGUCCACCGCAGGAGCGUCUUAGCACCGAAGAGAUUACUCGCCUGAGCGACGUGAGGAACCUCGUCAACCAACUAUACGAAGCUCUUAACGUACGAGAGCACCAGAUCCGCAAAGAAAGGGAUAUACGUGCCCAGUUAGAAAAACUCACCACCGAAUUACAACCACUUGAGGAGAAGCGCAUGUCACUAGAGGUGGAGACGACCCGCAAGACGUCCGUGCUGACGUGGGUGGGUCUCGGGCUCAUGGGCGUGCAGUUCGGCGUGCUGGCCAGGCUCACCUGGUGGGAGUACUCCUGGGACAUCAUGGAGCCCGUCACAUAUUUUGUCACCUACGGUACAGCUAUGGCGGCCUACGCUUACUUCGUGCUUACUAAACAGGAGUACGUGUUACCAGACGUCAAAGAUAGACAGCACCUGCUCACGUUGCAUAAAAAGGCUAAGAAGAUCGGCCUAGACAUCAACCAAUACAAUCAUCUGAAAGAUGAGAUAGAUAAACUAGAAAAAGACCUAGCCCGUCUUCGGGACCCUCUUCAAAUCCAUCUACCGUUAACUAGCGCCGAUAAAGCGGGUGAUAAUAAACGAUCACCACUCACCAAAAUCAAGGACAUGCUCGAGGAAACCAGUAAGAAAAUGAAGAUCACGUAAUAUUGGUCACCCUCGCGUCGCGGCUCCCCAUUGAAAGCCGAGUAGACGCAUUGGUUGUUAGUUAUAACGCUUGUUGUUAUCGACAGAAGUUGCAUUCUUUUUAUUGGCCACACGAAACGUUAUCUUAUUUUUGUUGGUAUAAGUUCUAUAUUCACGCCUAGUGAUUAGAUAGACUUUUUCAUUUCAUAAUCUGAAGAAUUGAUAUUUUAUAAGUAAAAUGAUUUUAAAAUGUUGAAGGAACACGACUAGUUUUUAGCGAAGAACAGAUUAGUGUUGCCAAGAUAUUAGCAAAAUUUACUCUUUCUAUAUGAUUAUCCUAAAGUGUGUAAAUAUCUUUCUUUGAUUUCUAAAAUGUAGAAUUUAUACAAUUUUAGAGGUAUUCCGCUCUAACUGUACCUCUAAAAUAAUGAAUUUUAGAAAUAAUAAGUCUUUUAUCUGGAAAUAUGUGG